AUGAACCUUAUGCCCCCUCGGGACACCCAGGACAAGGAGGCCUUUCAAAAUGGACAAAAUGAUUAUGGCUGCAAUUAUGUUGGAAAGACUUUUGCCACCAUUAUGUUUUUUGAGCACCAAAAAAUCCACACUGGGGAGAGGCCUUAUGAAUGCAGUGAAUGCGGAAAAUUUUUUAGGUACAACUUCCGCCUUAUUAAGCACCAGAAGAUCCAUACUGGAGAAAGGCCUUAUGAGUGCAGUCAAUGUGGGAAUGUCUUUAUGUUACAUUCCACACUUAUUAGACAUCAGAAAGUUCACACUGGAGAAAAGCCUUAUUGUUGUAGUGCAUGUGAGAAAUUCUUUAUGUACAGCUCCACACUUACCAUUCAUCAGAGAAUACACACUGGAGAGAGGCCCUUUGAGUGCAGGGAAUGUGGAAAACUGUUUAGAUACUACUCCAUCCUCAUUAGACAUCAGAAAGUUCAUACUGGAGAAAAACCUUACAAAUGCAGUGAAUGUGGGAAGUUCUUUAGAUAUUGCUUCACACGGAGUAGACAUCGGAGGCUUCAUUCUGGAGAAAGGCCUUAUGAAUGCAGUGAAUGUGGGAAGAUUUUUAUGGACACUUCACACCGAAGUCAUCAGAGAGUUCACACUGGAGAAAGACCUUAUGAAUGUAGCAAGUGUGGAAAAUUUUUUAGAUAUCACUCCACACUUGAUACACAUCAGAGAGUUCAUAGUGGAGAAAGGCUUUAUGAGUGUAGUGAAUGUGGGAAAUUCUUUAGCCACAACUCAAAUCAAAUUAGACACUGGAGAAAUCACAUUAGAGAAAAGCCUUAUGAGUGCAACAAAUGUGGGAAAGGUUUUAGCCAAAAUUCCCACCUCAUUCGGCACCAAAAUGUUCACAUUAGAGAAAGAAAUUAUGAGUGCAGCAAAUGUGAGAAAUUCUUUACGAACAAUUCCACAGUUCUUAGUCAUCAGAGAGUUCAUGCUGGAGAAAAUCCUUCUGAGUGCAAUGAAUUGCCAAAGCCCAAAGGUCUGGAGAGGGACCCUGGCCAGAGCCCAGGGCGCCGCGGGAACGGUAUUACCCAGACGCCACUGCGCGAGACACGUUCGUGGCGUUGGGCCAAGGGGGGCCUGGGGGAGGGGCGUUUCCGCCAGGUGGAGCGCUCCUGGGCGGGACUUCCGGCGUCCUCCUCGGGGCCACGCGCGCUCGCUGGAGACUCGGGCUCGGGCUCGGGCUCAAAUUAA